AGAUUUAGAACAACCUGGAAAUGCUGAUUCAAAAGCAAUGAAAGAUUUGGAUGAAUUCAUCUUUUGUGAAUGGCAAGGUCGGCUAUGGCCUGCAAGAAUAUUGUCGAAGUCCAGCAAUUCUUCCAGUAAGGCAUCUGAGAACAUUUCAGAUUAUUUAGAUGUCCAACUAAUAUGCUUGGAUAAGCAGUUGAGUGUUAAGUACAUAGACACAAGACCAUUUGAGCAAAAACAGGCUGAAGACAUUAGUUCUGCGUUGGUGCAUGAGGAAGACUUUACUCACGAAGAAGCUGUGGAAGAACUGACUUACAGGAAGGCACUUCGAAUUGCCCUAAAUAUUUUAGCCAAUCGUGACUGUCACAUUGCUCAAAUGACUAUAAAGGAACCGGUAAUGGCAAAGACUCGAGUUUUGACUUCAAAGGAGCUUAAAGAGUGUUCCUGUGUUCACAAUGCAAAUGAAAGAAAAAAUACACCAAAGAAAAAUGGAUUGCGUUCCCUUCAGGAACAAGAAACUGUUUGCACUCGACAAAGUAGCAGAAAAGUAUCUUGUAACGAAACAUUAUCAGGGGUUGAAGAAGAGAAAAGACUGACUAGGUCGUGCACAUUAACCCCAAAUUCAGCUAAAAUGAAAAACCAUGCUGGUAAGGAAAGAAACAGUGGAGUAAGAAGAAGCGUGAGAAGGCCAAGAAAAAAUCUCUUUAAACUCCAGCCAAACACUUCGUGUGACAGUCACACACUGUGUGAGCAGCUGUUACCAAUGAAACAGGAAGCUGCUGACACAGAGAAGUAUCGGGGUGAAGAGAGGCUGCAAAAUGUGGGAAAUUCAUCUUUACAGAUUUGUGAUUCUGAAAUUUCUGGAGAGGGUAAAGAUCAAAGUGGAGAAGUUAAAAAGAUGAUCCUUAGAUCAAGGGUUAUUUGCAAUUCUGCCUGCAAAGAAGUUACCAAUUCUUCUGUACAAUCCAAUUGUAAAUCUCAGGUCAUUCCAACAUCUGACACUCCUAGCUAUAUAGAAUCGACUCCUAAAUGUAGGACCAGUGAAAACAUUGGGUCACGUGAAUGCUCUCACUUUUUACGAAGACCCCGUGAUGUUCAGUUAGAAAUCAAAAGUAAUUUGGACCAAAAUAAAUUCGUAGAAGAACAUAAAAGGAGAAAAGGCAAGAAGUGUCCAGAACUUGUAGAGUGCCUUCAUACCAAUAUAACCUCUGCUGAUUUGGACAUUAAUGUUAGAUCCAGCAAGCAGUCAAAUAUAGAUGAUUUUACAGGAACCAGGAACCCAAGGCAACAUGUAAAUGGGCACAAAAGAAGCAUUUCAGACAACUCUCAAAUGUUUUAUCCUACCACCCCACUAACUAAACAAGAGGCAUUCCCUCCUUCAAAAAUUCGGAAAGAGGAGGAAGCUUCAAAGAUGCAUACUGUAUCUGCUGAAGACCCUGAUACUCCUUUUGAGUCACCAGCAUUUCAAGUUGAUGAAAUAGGUAAGAUAAUCUUUCUAUUGAGGGAUAACAUCCAUUAACUAUUUUUGCAUUACAGACAAUAAAAUAAUCUUUGAAUUUUUUUUUUAGAAAGUGUUUAAGGAGUCUCCUUACUAAAAUAUGAAUUACAAAUGACAAUUGGUUUUUAUUUAGCUCAAAUAUACUAAAAAUCGUGACUAUGAAUUUGAGACAUGUUAAAGUCAUUAAUGAAGGCACAAUUCAAGCCCAAAAUAUACAGAUUGUCAAUUAAUAGCUUGGCCUAACUGACAUGAGGAAUUAUAUUUGUUCACGUCAGAGUGCUUAUAACAUUGCCAAAAAUUAGUAGGCAUCACUGAACUGCUAAAGUACAUUUUUGAGGACUUUUGAAAAGCUGUAACCUCAGGAAAUAAGUUUAUUUUUUUUUUCCCUGCCUUGUAUUUAAAGUAGUACUUCAAUUCAUUUUUACUCAGACCAGGUUUGUAGCAUGAAGGAACUGUUCAGUUUAGUAUUUGUGUGCUGAUGCUUUGCAAGUGCCAUCCAAAACUGCACUGUCAAAGAGAAUAUUCCACUGCAAUAAAUGUUCACUGAUGUUUUAAUUUUUAAAUACCUUG